AUGGAAAACGGAGGAAUAGCCCCUCCUAACCCCGAUCGAAGGGGACCGGGCAAUCUCAGGAGUAAAUUCAUGGGUCUUCGUUGGAGAGACAAAGACCGGGAAUGUUCAUACAAAAGUGGCGUUGACGCUGUUGGCAUUGAUAUAUCAGACUUCUCGAUGUUCUGGCAUAAUAGAGUAAGGUUGGAGAAAAAGUGGAAAACCCAGACGCAAGGUCACAAAUUCGACCUCAAGGUGGAGCCUGGUCGUAGUGAAUGUGAGCAGGUCUGGUAUAUUGGGGAAUGGGCUAGACUCAAGGCCUGUGACUUUCGGUCAGAUCUUGGCCCAAAAAGGAAUUUUACCUGGCGUGGGGAUGAUUUCAUUGAAGGUGCUCUUGAUCUCGCAUGGACAUUUUGGCCUCAAGUGGAUUUCAUAGGAGAUGGCACGGAUGAUCUAGUAGUUGAAAGCAACGCCUUGGUUAUUAAUCCGACGAAUAUGAAGACUUGCUGUUCUGAUCAAAAGAACCCUGGCGUUCAGCAAACAACUGCGGAUCGUGUUUCGGGUGUUUUGAAGGAUCGCAAGAAUGAUAAAGUACAAUUAAUUAUAGAGGGUAUCCGAUCAGAUGAGGCCCGCUGCGACCCCCAAAAGGACCUGAAAGGGUUUACUCGAACGAGGCGUCCUCUUCCUGCAAAGUAG